GUCAGGUUGGUCUUGGAGAAAAUGUCCACGGUGAUUCCACCUAUCGAGCAGCUGUCAUCGAGAGUGGCGCGUGUUCUAGGACCCGGCACCCAUGACACUGCAGGGCAUCAACACAUACAGUACCUGGUCGGGACUGGCAGAAGGUGGUACAACACUCAAGACAAUCGUGCUCUUAUGCAUGAACGUAUUUAACUUUUUGAUACGUCACAGCAUUAUUGAACGUCGCAAGUGUGAGAGAGAUAUGUGCAUGUAUGUAUCUGUCUGUCAAUUGACGCAGCCCGCGAUACCAGAGUACAUUGCCAAUCUGCUUGAGGCGCUGAAGCAGCACGAGACAUCCAUACAGCACAUUCUGAUAACACACUGGUAUCAUGACCACAGUGGAGGAGUACUGGCAAACUUUCACGCAGGGUGUUGUUUACUCCCGGUCAUGCAGAUGAUCACAUGGCAUUACUUUUGGAAGAUGAGCAAGCCAUAUUUUCAGGUGACUGUAUUCUGGGAGAGGGCACUGCUGUGUUUGAGGACAUCUGUGAUUACAUGAAAUCACUGCAGAAGCUGCUCCGCGUGAAGGCCAGUCUCAUAUAUCCAGGUCAUGGGCCAGUUGCGCAGAAUGCAGGUUCUAAGAUCUGUGAAUACAUAACUCACCCGAACGCAAGAGAACAGCAAAUCCUACAGGUUCUACAGGAGAACAGCAGAACUGCCUUCAUAUCCAGCCAACUGCUUAAAGUGGUUUACAAGGAGACUCCUGAACACCUGCACAGAGCAGCAGAGGUUAACUUGCUGCACCAUUUAAAGAAACUUCACGAGGAAGGAAAGAUCUGCAUUGGUAUAUGUGCAUGCAGGUGUUUAUGUGUGUCUAUGCACAGCUGUGCAUUUGUAUGUAUGCUCUUCUGUUUAUUUAAAGAGGCCAACAGUUCAGAGCACAAAUUCUCUGUGAAUUAACAUUAUUUUUUAUAUUUUUUGCUUGCAGCUGAAGACUCGAGUGGAUAAAAAGUGGAAGAGUAAUAUGUGAUUUUUACCUAGAGCACACCUCACCAUCUGUGUCUUAAAAAAAGGUUCACAGUGGACUUAGAUGGUGUUUAAUUGGUUUUGCAGAUGUUUCUUUUUUGUGGAAACAGUUGUUCAUUAUUUAUUGUACAUAUAGGUGCAGCAAUCAUAAAAACUGGAUGAACAAAUUUCUUCACCCUCAUGCCAUCCCAAAUGUGUAUAACUUUCUUUCUUUUGAAGAUUUUUAGAAGAAUAUCUCGGCUCUGUAGAUCCUCACGAUGCAAGUAAAUGGGUUCCAAAGCUCUAAAAAGCAUAAAAGUAAUCCAUACGCCUCAAGUGGUUAAAUCCAUAUCUUCUGAAGUGAUUGGAAAAGUGUUGGUGAGAAACAGAUCAAUAUUUAUGUCCUUUUUUUUUUUUUUUUACAAUAUAUUUUCACUUUCACAUUCUUCUUCUUUUGUAUUUACCGAUUCACAUUCUUCGUGCAUAUCACCACCUACUGGGCAGGGAGGAGAAUUUAUAAACCUGUAUGGAAUAAAAAUGGAUCUAGAAAUCUUUGUUUGUGUUCAGCAGAAGAAAGAAAGACAUGCACAUCUCGGCUGGCAUGAGGAUGAGUAAAUGACAAGAGAAUUUUCAGUUUUGGGUGAACUAUCCCUUUAAGUCAUAGUUGUUGUCGUCUGAAAUUUUGGAUUAUAUAUGAGUUGCCACUAGAGAACAAUGUUUCAUGUUGCACGCAUUCAUUAUUGUAAUCUAUUGCGAAAUCUAAUAUUUUAAGAAACAGAUUAAUAAAGUUGCCACACAAUUUUGGGGGGAUACUGUAUUUGCACGUUUCGAAUAGUCUAAACGAGUUAAAAUACGGAAUGGUGACGCAUUUCCACAUUAUUUAGCUGUGUAAAUCUAGCAAACUUUGUUAUAUUUGCAUUUUUUUUUACUAUUUAAUGCAUAUUUAUAAUAUUGUACUUGGUAAUAUAUUUCCCUGAAAUGAGUCAAAAAAAAAAUUAGUUACCAUAUCUGUGAUGAGGUUUCUAAUACAGUUGCCGAAAGAGUGACACUAAAUUUGUCAUCUCGAGGAGUGAUAUCUGAGAAGUGUCGAUAGUCUAUCUCAAUUUAGAUUCAUUCAAGAUGACAAGAUAUCGAAUAAUCAAGCUCGGAGGAUGAGAUGGAGGUAGGAUAGGUACAUGUAGAGGGAAUAUAAGACAACAGCUGCUAGUGUCAUAUUGGGUCAAUUUAAUAGGUCAGAGUGAAUUUCAUCCUAUCAAAAAUGUUUUAAAUGCAUGCUAGAAGUAUGUGGGAAAUGAAGUGAACCCAAAAUGACCACUUUGGUUGGUAAUGCAGUCAAAAAAUGGGCUUAAGUGAAUGCAAGUGUACACCAAUAGUGGUUUCUGCCUUAAUCUAGAAUAGACUUAUCACUGUUGGAGGUAAGGCAAGAGAUGGGUCAAAAUGAACAAGAAUCAGUCAUGGUAAGGUAUGUAAAGUAUAUUUGGUCAAAAUAUGAACAUUGCAGUGGUCUUUAGGAAUCUUUUAAAUCCAGUAAUACAAAUAUAUUAUCUCUAUUGAUACUGUUUUUGAAAAGCACACAUUUAAUUGAAAGAAUGUAGUGUAGAGAGAGGAGGAGUUUGAUGAAAUAUGUAACAGUAACGUAUUGUGUAUAGUAUAGUAUGUGUUCUAUUCUUUCUCUCUGGACUGUGAGGGGCAUGGUGUGUAUGCUGGAGGAGAACACGCAGCUGAAGCCUGAGCCCAGAUAAGUCAGGAGAGGAAAGGGGGCAAAGAUGGGAGAAGGCUCAGUGCCUGGUUGCAUAAAGCACCUUAAGUGUAAUUUUCCUUUGAGAUCACCCUAAUGCUUCCCUUAAAUUUAAGGGUGUUGCACGAAAUAUCCUUUAAGUGUUACUUGUUUUUAUGGGUAAAACUUCACAUCCCUAAUGAUUUCCCUUUAGUAUUUAGUAUUUACUUAAGUGCACCUUUAAACACUGUUAAGUGUUGCAUAAAGACCCUCAUUACUCAGGGUCAGUAAUGUAUUCUAAAUACUUUGGAUUACUUCUUCAGCACUGGUAGAUUUCUUUCACUUGUUUUGACUACAUAAACUCUGCCAGUACAGUGAGACAAAAUGCACAUGUUAAAAAUACUUUCUCUGAAAAAUCAAAUAUCUUAUGCAGUGUUGUUUCUAAAACAAGAUAAAUCAAAUUGAUAUUUAAGCAUUUUUAGAUAUUUUUACAGGAAAACAUUACAAAAAUGAUCAAGCUGACAAUUUACACAAGGUUUAUUUUUCUUCAGUUCCAAACUUAUUUCAAACUUACUUCUCUGUCUGCUCAUAUGCU